AUGUUCUGCACUUUAGACAGCAGCAAUUCAAGUUUUGAAAAAAGCUGGACGCCCUUCAGAACGUUUAGAACAGAAGAAGCAGAAGCAGAUGCAGAAUAUGAUAAUGCAAUGAAGGAAGCGAUUCAAGGAGUUCAAGAUGCAGUCACCACCAUUAAUGAGCAUUUGGAAGAAGUUAGGUAUGAAAUUGCUGCACUUGAAGCAGAAUGA